AUAUCUUUCAAAAUUCUCAACACAAUUGUAACGUAUAAUUUGACUCCACGUGGCCAAUCCAUUCUUAUAUUGUAAGAUUUUGGAAAGAUUUUCACACAAGAUUGAACACGUAUUGCUGCUAAACAAGAUGUUGUACCUGCUAUUAUUUAUUUUCUGUUUUUAUCACAAUGCAUGUGCAAAUACAGAAGUAAAGACAGAAGUAAAGACAGAAGCUGAAUAUUCUUCCUCUAAAUUUCCCGCUCUAAACGCCACGGAACUACUCAAAAGUCAAGAAAAUGUUACGGUCAUUUUAAUAAACCAGGGUUAUGACCCCGCCUUGAUCCCCGAAAAUCUGGAAGCUUUUAGUCCAGUGAUGCUGCAGGAUUCAUCCAUCAUCUACAAGGCAGACUCACAGCGAGACAUAACAACCAUUUCAAGCAGCAAAUACACGGACGUAUUUUUGGGCGAAUAUAAGAAUUUCAAGCCGGUGGCCGUCAAAAUAUCCAAACUGACCGAACUUCUGUUUCAGUUUGAAAGUUCGAUGAUAAUGACGUACGUUCAGGACACAGUUCCUACUCCCUACCAUCAUGGGUAUGUUAGAAUUAAGAAAAGGUUGGGAAUGGUCCACGAUUUUGUCCCGAACUCCCAGACCUUACAGAAGCUGCUGAUCAGUACUAACAUCACUGACACCAAUUUGGUUUCCAUAGCAAUGCAAGUAACGGAGGCCUUAGUAAAAAUUCAUCAAAAGUUCGUCCUUCAUAACGACUACCACACGUCCAAUAUACUGGUUACCAUGGAAAACAACAAAUCCGUUGUCAAGGUGAUUGACUUUGGGCAAGCUACAUUUAGGAUUGGCACACCCUAUGUGCCGGAUUUUGGGAAUAUCUACACAUUUGUUGCCCCCGAAUUCUCGGACGAUAGUGUUCUAUCUUCACCGGCCACUGAAGUUUAUAGUUUAGGUGAGGUGUUGCGUCGAAUUAACAUAAGGCUCAAGAAGAGGGUUUUAAACCGGAUCGUCACAAUGUGCAUGCAAACUGAGCGGGAAAAGAGGCCUUCUGCUAAAGGGGUCGCUUUCUUGUUAUCACUCUUUCUAAACAACCUUAAAACUGCCGAUUCCCUGUCUGUUGUCAAAGGAAAGGAACGAAAGGUGCCCGUAGACUUUGAAGAUUUGCCGUUCAUGAACAAAACGAUUCCUUUGAUCACUUCUGCCGACGCGGUUUCAUCCAAAACUGACCGAUUCGUGUGGAUAAAGAAAUCUGAUACAACAAAUAUAUUUUUAGCCACGUAUUUAGACAGGUCGGUAGCUGUCAAAGUUUACAAGCAAACCGACUAUAAAUAUCUUCUUAAUGAAGCUUUGAUUUACAUGUAUAUGAACGACACCAGUGUUACCCCUUAUUUCUACGGACUGUAUCCGACCGGUCAGUUAGUCUCCAGUUUAGGUCUGGUUAACAGAUUCUUCGCUUCAGCGGAAGUUGUAGAAGAUUUGGUGCCAGGAAUGAAAAGUCGAACUGUUCGCUUUCAGCUGUCGGUUAUAGUUCGUAUCUGUCAGGUUGUCCAGACUUUCCACGACCGUGGGUUACUCAUAAACAAUAUCGGAUUGGAUAAUUUUCUAGUCCAGGCUGAUAAAGACUUUGCGGAUAUUAAAAUAGUCGGGUUAUCUUGUGUCAGCGGUUUAGAAGGAUUGACAGAUUCCAUUAUACUGCAGGAUAUCAUAGCAUACAACUCCACGUCACCAGAAGUAGAACAAUCGGGUACGACUUCGGUCCAGUCUGAUGUGUACAGUGUGGGCCGGGCUUUAUUAGAAUUAAAUGGACAUGAUUUGCUAGCAAUUGAAAUCGCUAGAACCUUUGAACCAUGUUUAAUGAAAGGUUUGGUCCAUUGUCCAAAACUAACUCACAUCAUUGAGGUAUUUGAAAAUAUUUCAAAAUCCGAUGGUAGCGGACCUUAAAUAAUGUAUAUCGUAUUAUAAUGAACCUUUUACUUAAUGUGUUUAUAAUCAUCAUAGUUUUCCAAUAUAAACCUGAGAAAUGAU